ACACUGAUGUUUCUCCCUUCCCCUCUCUAAAAAUAAAUAAAAUCUAAAAAAAAAACCCCAAAACAAAAAACCCCGACUCUGUUUUACUCUGUGUUACAGACUCAAUGCUUUUUCCUGCCAAGCCUAAGUAAGCAUAGGCCUGUCCCUGCUGUGCUCUUCCAUUAAAGAACAUCAGUGAAAUGAGACUUGUAGCACCAAAUGCAGACUUUUCUCCUGUGAGAUCUGAAAGAUUAGAAACAGGAAGAGGCUGCCCUUUUCACUAAAAUACAUGGUGUUAUUGCAGAUGGCAUGUGCAAACAUCUUACCCACUACAUUGGUUCUGAGGUCAGCAGAUCUUGGUUUCUGCUGUCUGCAUAGGGGGCUCCCUAGCUGUUCCCCCACCCACUCGAGAGUCUUCUUGUGUAAAGAAAAAUCUGUGUUAGUACUAUGGUCUUGUUUGUACCGUCACUCCUCCCUACAUACACCUGCACUGCCAGGCACUUAGCAGGCACUCAGUAAAUUCAGCAGAUACUUGCUGAGUACCUUUUAUAUGCUAAAUAUUGUUCUUGUAUAGGAUAUGCAGUGGUGAAUAGACAGGCUAGUUUCAAACACUGUUCUGAUAGAAUCAAAACUGAUUCUGUGGAGUGAUGAGAGGGUAAGGCUGGGCAACAGACUGGGUGAUUCAGAAAGACCCUUCAGAGGAAUUGACAUUUUAGUUUAAUAUUCUCAUGGUACUUGGUGCUGAGUGUGGGUAUGCAGAGAUGGUUUAUAUGCCCCUUUGUGAGUUCUUCCCCUCCCCAAACCUGUGUGUGUUCAUUCUCUCCCCCCCUAAAAAAAUCUGGACUUGCUGUCCAAGAGGCAAAGAAUGCCUAGAAAAAGAGGUGGAUGCUCAGGAGAAGGAUCUCAGCAUGUGGUGCUCUCUUUGAAGCAGUUUUAGAGGGUGUUCCUCGGUAUCAUCUUGCUGUCUGCCUUACUAGGACCUAGUAUUGGGGGCCGCCCCAUGCCCAAGCUUGCUGACCGGAAGCUGUGUGCUGAUGAGGAAUGCAGCCACCCCAUCUCCAUGGCUGUGGCCCUUCAGGACUAUGUGGCCCCUGACUGCCGUUUCCUGACCAUACACAGGGGCCAAGUUGUGUAUGUCUUUUCCAAGCUGAAGGGCCGGGGUCGGCUCUUCUGGGGAGGCAGUGUUCAGGGAGAUUACUAUGGAGACCUGGCUGCUCGCCUGGGCUUUUUCCCCAGUAGCAUUGUACGGGAGGACCAGAUCGUGAAACCUGGCAAAAUCGAUGUGAAGACAGAUGUGAAAAUGGGAUUUCUACUGUCAGUGAGCUCCGCCUAACGCCGUCCCUGCUGUUUUUUUCCCCCAGCUUUAUGCAAAUACAUCAGCCAAAUGCAAACUGCAAGUCUCUGUGGUCUUUGUGGUAGGGAUCUAUAAAGGAAAUGGGUCCCCGGGUUCCUGAAUCUACCCAAUCAACUCACAGACGGAAAAAACGUCAAUGGUUGCUAGGCAGAAUUUCACUGACUAAAUGCCUUCUGCUCUAACCUGGGUUCCAGAGGUGGGCUCCUAAAUUUAGAUAUCGCACACAAGCGAAUUGGGAAGAUGCAAUAAUCUGAACAGCACAGUAGGGGAUUGUGAUGUUUAGAAGACCAAAGGAAGACAGUGGAACUAUUGGGAAUAAGCCAAUCAGAUCAUGAGGAAGACAAAUCACGGCAAAAAUUUUCUUGUAAGAUUAUCUGCAAAGGGAGGUGGGAGGUUGUUAAACUGAGCGUAUCAUACCAAUUUUCAUCCGUCCUCCCUUUGAGGUCAGAAAUCGCACUC